UGUAGUUGUCGUUUUGUGUUGUGAUUCGAGAACCAUUGAACCACGGACGAGUGAAGGAUAGACUAUCCCCUCGAACACCCGGGAAUCGUUAGUUUAGCUUUAACUCUUGAACAACAUACUUCUCACUUCACGUCAGCUAGAAACUUCAGAACGACCCUCGAAAGUUACCCUUGGCUGUUUUUGGACUUUUACGAUCAGAAGCUCGUAAGGAGAAGGUCAUCCCGUGAAGUUUACGGCCAUAACUUGGACGAAACCAGCAUAGGCUCUCUGGAAUGUCGUAUUUGACCCGAUGAGGAGUUGCCAUAGUUAUUUGUAAACCGUCUGCAUCUUACUUUUUAAAAAUCAUAAAUCAAACGAUCUUCCAAAAUAUUUGUUGGAAGCCGCAGAGAAGUUGGACAUUACAGUUUAAGUAAGCACAAAGAAGCCAGAAGACAAGCAUAUUGAAUGAGUGCAUUGGUGAAUAAAGUUUGUUAAUUCUUCUAAAGGAACAUCAUCUCUAUCAGUUCUUAUUCAUCAUCCGACGUACCUCGGAUAACUUUACAAGAACUCCUUUUAGGAGUUGUGUAUAUCACGUGUUACACCGAAGCGAUUCGACGUCACUCCUCCGAGAUGGUUCGGAUUAUGGACACCGUCAUUCUUUGCGUCUUCGUACUCCUGGCCGUGGUCAUCGAUGAAGCCAACGCCUACAUGUGGAACUGGAUGUGGAGUGGAACUCAUCCACAAGGUCGGGCUCCUCCUGAAAUGGUCAACGACGGACCGGUCGAUAAUGGCGAUCUGGAAAGAGAUCAUCCCAGAAACAUCCAAGCAAGACUUCUUCUUAAUGAAACAGAGGCUCGGUACUACCAGGAUCUCCCUUGUGACAGCGAUAAGAUGUGCGGCCGUGGUCGUUUCUGCGACCUCCACUACGGUGGAUGUCAUCGACAUCGACAACCAGGACACCAGUGCAGACGAGACGGACAUUGCCAGAAAGGACAUGACUGCAUGUUCGGAACCUGUCGCGCCACCAUCCCAGAAAGAACACUAGGGGCGCGAUGCAGGAACAACAAGGAUUGUAGCCACAACAUGUGCUGUGCUAAGCAGCACGGCGAGUCGGUGUGCAAGCAGAAACUCCCCCUUCAGGCAAAAUGUUUCAUCCCACCGGGAGGAAUAGAAUACGUCAUCGAUACAAUGUGUCCGUGUGAGGAAGGACUCGUGUGCAGCGAAACGGUUGUCAUGGAAAAAAGAGAACAAGAAUUUGUACUUCGCUUUUGGACGGACGAAGGACACAUGCGAUGCCAAGCCCGGUGAGAAUUAUUAGACUUAACACAAACCUGUGCUAUACAUUCUUGCUCAAGAUGUACCGUGUGCUGCUCGUCGUGCUCCCGAUGGCUUCCGAUUACUCUCGACGGAUGCCGAUGGCUCCCGAUGACAUCUGAUAGCUCCUGAAAGCUCGUCAUAACGCGUUCGGAGUGUUCGCCGAAAACAAGACGCAGUGCGUCAAGACCUCGUCGUGUCUCGGUCAGCCGAAGCAACAAUUAGAAAACGCCAUCUGUCGACGAGAUCCAGCAUAGUUAUUCUCCAAUUCUUAAUGUGAUUAAGAUGUCUAUAUAUACAUAUAUUUUUGUUGAUGUAUUGUAUAAACCUUCGAUCUCUAUUUCAAAUAGAAUCGUUGAUAUAAUUAUAUUCUGUAACACAAAAUUACUGCA